GUAAUAAAGGUUCAAUGCUUCAAAGAUGGAGGAAAAAACCACCGAGUAGACUACAAAGCAAACCGGGACCAAAACGCUUUUCGAAAAAGCCUGCAUCUGCAACAAAAAGCAAGGGGCACAGACACAACCGACAUGCGACCCUCACGAAAAAACAGCACACAGGCAAUAAAAUUAAGCACCCAAUGGGAAAAGGCAGCACAAAAAUGGAUAAAAUGAUGACAACAAUGGUUGCAGCCCAAAUAGGAACUGCAUUGACUAACUCGGCCGUCAGUAUAGCGCAGUCGGCUCUUGGAUUGAAAGGCUCGGGAAAUAACAGUACUGGUGCUGAAAACAUCGACGCUGGAACGUCUGGAAGUGGUGGAAUGGGCGGGAUAGAUGGAAUGGGCGGAAUGGGCGGAAUGGGUGGAAUGGGCGGAAUGGGCGGAAUGGGAGGAAUAGGAGGGAUGGGUGGAAUGGACGGAAUGCCCGGAAUGCCUGGAAUGAGCGGGAUGGGUUGAAUGAGCGGCGCGGGAUGUGCAGUGCGAAUAUCCACAGAAUGUCGGCAUUUACCACACUGACUUCGAAGCCGAAGAAAGAGAAAGACGGAGUCACGAACUGCAAAAUAUUUGUGUGCUGUGUCCUCAUUCUGAACAUUAGGAUGCAUUUUGCCAUAUGUGAUGUGGAUGGUUGAAAUUUUGUCUGGUGAUAAAUACGUAGCAAUUUUUAUUGAGCGGUCAAAAAGCUCCAUCUUCAAUAAAAAAUCACGCUUUUAUUACUUCACCAGCCCUCGUUAGACCGAGUCUCUGUGCUUGUCUUCUGGUAACAAA